UUGCGACUUACUUCACAUGGCGUCUCGACUCUCAGGCGGAGAUCUGCAACGCUGCCACAGCAAGCACUAACCUGCGACGGGCAACAUGGCGUCGCAGCCGCCGGGAACCGACGACUCCAUUGCCGACCUCGGCCUCCGGAGGCUGGAGGCCGCCGAUGAGGCCGUAAGGAGGUGGGCAUCUCGGGGCGCGGCCGUCGAGGACAGCCACGGCGUCUCCUACUCGGCUGGUCUUGCGGUGGCGGUCAAGGACCUCAUCUCCCUCCGCUCAGGUGGCGGCCUCUACGCCCGACGCGCCGAAAUCGCCUUACAGGAUGCCAUGGUACACCUUGAGGGCGACUUCCGCCAAGUUCUUGGUUCGGGCACAUAUUUAUACCCCCCAGGCAGUCUCCAAGAGUCACUGCACGGCUGCAUUGCCCCCUUUAUGCGAUCCUUCUCAUAUUCAUCAAUCCCCAACUUGGAAGAUCUCAGCAUCUCCUCAUUUUCCACAAGUACUAGUGAUGAGAGCCGAACAUAUGGUACUGGAUAUAGCAGAGUUUCUGUGUGCAUGGAGAAAGUACACAUGUAUCUGAUUGACCCUGAAGCUUCAAUCUUGCUAAAGGAGAUUGCUGAGCUUAUGAUCCUUGCGGGCCAUGCACCAAACAUGUGUCGUGCUUACGGAGAAACACGCCACAACAUGUUAAUGCAAUGCCUUUCUCUGCUCGGUGUUCAGAUUGAGGAAAAGAGCCAAAAUAACCCAGCAGCAGCAACUGCUAACGGUGCAUGCAGCAUGCAGCUGUAUGAGAAGAAUCAGAAAAUGUGGAUCCAAGCACUCAGAGUCGUUGUCAGCAUAGUCCUCCCUGAAGAACGCCAUGCUUGCGCUCAGAUUUUCGGGUGUGAUUGUAAGCUGGAGGAGGAUUGCUUUGCCGGAGCCAUCACGCGGUGUAUUGGACAAUUGCUCGCAGUUGGAAGUAUGAUGACCAAUGUCAAAGUGAAUGACCAGCAAUAUCAUAAAGUACCCCUACUUCUACAGAUGCAUGAGGAAUUGGUAAAGCUUCAACCAAGUAUAAAUGUCCUCUUGUCUGGUGAUGCCAAGGGUGUGAUUAGUGAGCAGGCCAGUAUGCUUCUCGAUAAGCUUGGAGAAGAACAUCAAGUCUCCUUCUGGAGUUCCUGAAUGUAUAUUCUAACCUUAAACCAUGCCAACAUAAAGUACUUGAUGGAGAUAUCCUGCCAUUGACAUGCCAUGUCAUCAUUUUUAUUGAACUACUUGUUGAGUACAAUGACACUAUCAAUCAUAUAUUACCCCGUGUGGAGGACGACGAUGAGGGGAAGGGGAAGGAGGAGAGCACAAAGAGAACUAAGAGUCGCUGGGAACGUUAUGUGCUCAUGUUGCUCGCUCGUUUGCAGCUGAAGGUU